AUGGAAGAUGUUUUUGACUUUUCCAAACGCCGCUACUGUCUUCCAAAGGAUUCUUUUAUUAUUUUCGACAUUUCAAAAUGGCCCGAUAGUAAUAAAGCUCCACUGCUUCCUCCACAAAUUAUCGAUGACCAAGGCAAAAUCAACAAUGAAGCGGAACAAAUAGCCGCAUUACACCAGUCGAUACAACAACCGGAAGGAUCAACAGAAACAACCCAAAUUUCUUAUGAUACAAACAGUGCUUCUAUAAAGGAGUAUAAAACGAAAGACAUGUUAUUGGACAAAGCACAAAACCAUCAACAAAGAGUGUCUUCGAGUCCAACAUCCAUAAUUCCGUCAUCAUUAUCCCCUUCGACCGCCUCAUCCGCGUCCACCGCUCCGGUAAAUCUUACGAAUGUUGCCCAAGAAGCUCAAUCUGCCAGAAGAACCAGCAGUUUCCCAAGUGGCUCCACCAUCACAGCUACCGAGCGCUCUAUCUACAACGGUUCGUCUGUCUCAGGAUCGACAUAUGACCACGGUACUUACCCAAACGAAUUCGCCUUCACCCGUUCAUCUGGUAUCCCCGACGGGAACCGAGAAGUCAACUCCAACGAGGACCACGUCCUUGCUAAUUCCGAUUUCGCCUUCGACAAUCCCGCCUCCUCCUCCCGUGAUUCCACUGAACCCAGUAGAUAUUCACCCGACGACGUCCAACUGCUGCUUAGACUCGGAAAUGCAGAACUCUCCAAUGUUAACUCGACCAACGCAACUGCAGUUCGAUCCACCAUUGAAUUUCCCUCUGCCGCAGCCCCUGAGCGCCGCAAUAACAACAACGUCGCAAGCGCCUCAAACGACGAAAACAGAACUUCAACCACCUCUGAUGCCCCAACCUCUCCCGUUUUAUACUCCUUGGAGCCCGUCGUCUCUACACACAAUCCCUCGUAUCCGGGCCCACUUUCCAUGCCACAACCAGUACCGUCCCUGCCACCGCAAAUCACUCAUCCCGCGUAUUGGGCCCAGUAUCAACAAAUACCCUCAAAGCAAGAGUCGCUUCCACAAACAACAGCAAUCGCUCCAACAGUGCCCACGACCAUCGUUCAACCGUCACAACAACUGUCACAACCACCGCUACUGGAACCACAGCGGUCCCUCGUCCCGAUUCAAACAGCUCCAUCCAACGAAGUACCGCCGCCAACAACGCUUAUGGUCGAUAUCCAAGAACCACUCUCGAACGUCAUCUUCAACUCGCGAGAUAUCUUCCUCAUUAUCUCCGACGGAAUGCUGAAAAUCUUUCCACAGCCCUGUCAAACGUGUCGAGGCGAGGACCGAUUGUUUACCCCGAUCUCGAAGCAAGUGGGAGUAUACACAGCAAACGAAGGAAGCUCGACCCAAGAACGACAAAUCAUCCGAAUAGAACCACUGAAUAAGCUUCUUACUGGUCACAAGGGCAUGAUCACCGCAAAUCUGAAACGUCCUUCUUUUGCCACUGACGAUGCCAAUACAUCAACUGCGAAAACUCGAAAAUGCUUUACACUUACGUCGACGACUUCAACUCCGGUGAAGACAACAACGACUACGCUGCCAACUUCUUAA